UUUUGGGCGGGCAGUCUACAUUUUUUUCAAACUCUCAUUAUGCUACACCAGUAUCUCCAGAUGCCGUUCUCAGGGAACUAAGCUGCUUUCUAUUUAAAACUGCAAAGAGCCAUGGAGAGUUUGGGCAAAGAUCAUGCUUAUUCGGACUCUUCCCUGCCACCAUCUGCAGCCCGCGAGGAGUAUGCUGUGCCAGAUGUCAUCAUCACGCGCCGCUUGAGAGAUCGGGAGCUGCUCCGGAAAAGAAAAGCGGAAGCCCAGGAGAAAGACUCAAUUCAGUGGGUUCUGAGGGAGCAGGAGAAAACCAAACGGCAAAGGAGAGGCAGAGGAGCCAGGCGAGGACGAGGCCGCCAGCUGGUGGUGGAGCCCAGCCUGGAGCCAGAACCGGAGCUGGACCCCCAGCCUGACCCACAGGAGGAGGCUGAGCCAGCGCCAUCCAAGACAGCACCACCUGAGCCAGUGCAUCAAGAACAGCCACCCAUGCUGACCAUCCAGGACCCAGUCGGCGGGAUUCAACUGGGAGCAGUGGAGGGCGAGCUAGCAGCCAGGAGCCAGGAUUUUGCGGGUGAAGAGGAGGUGCUGAAAGCAGCAGAAGGGGAAAUACCAGAAGUUUUGAAUACUCCUCUGGAAAAUGACUACCAGGAUAAUGAAUACCUUCUAUUUUGAUUUUCACACACCUUCAAUUUGAAUUUUCUGGGGAUCUUCUUUGUUUGCAUUGUUUUGUUUUGUUACGUUAUGUUUUGACUCCUGCCUGACAACCUCUGUACUGCAGAGUGAUUUUGACCAGCUCCUUCUUUGUGAGCAGUAAAGUCUACACUCUUCUGGUCA